UAACAUCUUAAGUCCAUUAUUAUCGUCACAUCCAAGCUCAAGAAACCAUCAACUCAUCUGUAACCCUAAUGAUGAUGACAUGACUCCACACGGCCUGACUUUUCAUCACUGGGCGGCUAGCAACAACAACAACAAGCACCAACUCUCAACCGCGGAGGUGGAAGAAGCCGCCGUGGAGGCGGCGGCAGCGGCGGCUCAACACUUCUACUGCCCCACAAAUGAUAAUCUGCAAGCUUUAGAUCUGUUGAACUCUGAGGAUCAUUCUCAUCAUCAUCAUCAUCAUCAAGAGUUUGGGUUUCAAAACUUUGGGAUGGAUCAUAAUCUUAGUCAUCAUCAGCUGCAGCCAUCAAAUCACCAAAGGCCAUUGUUUUGUAGCAACAGCUUUCCCGAUAUAGGAGGAGGAGCAGGAGGCUUGUCGUCGAGCAACAAGAAUGGGAACUACCCCACAACUACUAAUACAAAAAAAACUGUGGAACCAAAAAGGCAAAAUGGAGUGGAGCCGAUGCCACCUCAUGCCCCACUCAUUAAGAAAUCACGACUGGAUUCGCGUGCUUCCUCCUCCCCACCCUUCAAGGUGAGAAAAGAGAAAUUAGGAGAUAGAAUUGCUGCCCUUCAACAGUUAGUAGCACCUUUCGGCAAGACAGACACAGCAUCCGUACUAAUGGAGGCUAUUGGGUAUAUCAACUUUCUCCAAAAUCAAGUUCACACUCUAAGCUUUCCAUAUAUGAAACCAUCUCGCAACCAUACCUGCAAUAGAGCCAUCAUUGGGGGUUCUCAAGAACAGGAAGACAAUAGUGGGAGUGAGGAAACAGGCAAGAUGAGUCUUAGGAGCAGAGGGCUUUGCCUUGUGCCAUUGUCAUGCUUGUCUUACAUUAUUCCAGACACCGGCGGUGGCGGCGGUUUCUGGCCUCCUCACACCUUUGGCGGCUCUUAAAUCAAACUAAACACGCACCCCGCAGGCGUGCGUGCAGCUCCUCCACCUGCUUAUUGAUUACAAAAUAAUACGGAGUAAUAAUAAUUAUAAUUAGAUGAUAAUCUAAUUAAUUUAAUUUGGUAUACUACUAUGAAAGUUGUUGUUGUUGUGGUUGUUAUUGUAGUAGCUAGCCAUGCCAUGCUAAUUAAUGGAGCAAGCUUGGUCAUUCUCUAUAUAUGGCAUGCACAUUUAGAAGGUGCAGAAGCUAUGUAAGGAUGGACCAAGUUUGAUCCAUUAAAAUUAAUAUUGGCUUUAUUUCUUUGUACCACUACUUUUAAUUAG